AUGCCGCAUCGAAGCAAUGCCAGCUACCACGUCAUUUAUAAAGACGCUUCCCGAGCCUUCCUCUUGAAACCCAGUUUAAAACCAUCGGCCUACUAUGGGAGACGGCCAGUAGCCAAGAUUAUGAAGGGAAUGACUAUCGGCAUCCCUGUAGUUCGUGGCUUUGAUCGGGAGACGUGGGAACGCAUCCACGACAAGAAGGGUAGGCGCGACACAAAUUCUCAGUCAGAAUCUUCUACGAGCGACUCUGCUGAAAGCGUCGGGCAGGACGUUUUAUGUCCAGCUUGUAAGGCAGAAAAGGAGCAGGGCCAGGUUACCGACCUUGUGAUGGUUGUACAUGGCAUAGGUCAGAAGUUUGCUGAGCGAGUCGAAAGCUUUCACUUCACGCACGCCAUCAACGCAUUUCGCCGGGAAGUCAAUAUGGAACUGUGCAAUCCCGUGGUUAAGGGAGUCUUGAGAGACGACCAGAACGGAAUCAUGGUACUUCCGAUAAACUGGCGCCACACUUUGUCAUUUGAAGACGGUGGUCCGAUGACGGAGGAGGACAAGGCAACCCACGUGCCUGAUGGAUUCAGCCUCAAGGACAUCGAACCUGGCAGCAUCCCGGCCGUGAGAAGCAUGAUCUCUGAUGUCAUGUUCGAUAUUCCAUUCUACAUGUCCCAUCACAAGGGCAAAAUGAUCAAGGCGCUUGUUACGGAGGCCAACCGCGUAUACCGGCUGUGGUGUCGCAACAACCCUGGUUUUGCUGAGAAGGGGCGUGUCCAUCUAAUCGGGCAUUCUCUUGGCAGUGCCAUGGCGAUUGACAUCUUGUCCCGACAACCCACACAAGUUCCUAGACUGGACAUGUCCAUCAAAUUGCCCGGAGCUGAUUUCUUCGAGUUUGACACCAACAACUUGUUCCUCGUCGGAAGCCCGGCCGGAUUCUUCCUGCUUCUCGAGAGAGGCAUGCUCCAACCUCGACGUGGCCGGGUCAAACCUGGCGCUGAUCCGAGCGAUAUACACGCACCGGAUGUUACGGGACAAGUUGGCCGGUUCGGGUGCAUUGCGGUAGACAACAUCUACAACGUGCUGGCUAAGGAGGACCCAAUCGCCUACCUACUCAACGGCACAAUAGACCCGGUAUAUGCUUCAAGUCUCAAGACGGCUCAUGUUCCCUCGACCACCAGUUCCAUCUUCAAGUACGUUGGCAACGCCAUGCGAAGUCUUGUGCCAGGCGCAACCCCAAGCCCCGCGACUAUCGAGCCAGAGGUCACGCCCAAGCCCUCCGUCGUGCGUUUGCCAUCGCAGCUCGAGUUGGAGGUACACGAUUUCACGCGUGAGGAGAUUGCAGAGAGAAAGGCGUACUUGUUGAACGACAAUGGCCAAAUUGAUUACUAUCUCAGAUAUGGCGGUGGGCCUCUGGAGAUCCAGUACCUCAAUAUGCUGAGCGCCCAUACGUGCUACUGGACGAGCCAGGAUUUCAUUCGUAUGCUGUGCAUGGAGGUUGGGAGGAAGCCUGGGAGACAAAACACGAUUCCCGCCAUGAGGGCUCAGAAGGCAACCAAAAGGAUCAUCGUUAACUAG